CAACGUGUCCAGAGGAUGGCGCUACUCACGGAGCAGAGGCCGAGAGACAGGAGAAAAAGCUCCGCUGUCUCUUUUUCGUCUGCUGCACCAAAACGGAAGCACUUCAUUGGUCCGUGAGGCCAAGUUACCAAACAGCAAGAUGGCACACCGGUUCCUAGUUCGCAGAAUCUGGACCCUCUCUGUGAAAAACGCUCGCUGCCUCCCAUCAUCCACUGCCACCGUCGCCUCCGCUUCAUUUUCCACCUCCCUUCAUCCUGUCCCGAGCCGGGUGUCCUUCCUCACCCCGUCACGAAGUCUUGCUGUUUCUCACACCCUCCACCGAGCAGUCUCCUUCAAUGUUCAGGACAAUGAGGACUUCACAGACAGGGUUAUUAACAACGAUCUGCCUGUGUUGGUCGACUUCCAUGCGCAGUGGUGUGGUCCUUGUAAGAUCCUUGGGCCAAGGUUGGAGAAGGCUGUUGCCAAACAGAAAGGCCGUGUUGCCAUGGCAAAAGUUGACAUUGACGAUCACACAGACUUGGCUAUUGAGUAUGGGGUGUCUGCUGUCCCUACAGUCAUCGCAAUGAGGGGAGGAGAUGUUGUCGACCGCUUUGUGGGAUCAAAGAUGACGAUCAGCUGGACUCAUUUGUCAGCAAAGUCAUUGGACAAUAAACCACGAGUCCCGACCCAGCUGUGCAACCCCAUCAUGGUGCUGUCAUCUAAGAUCUCAACAUGCCGUCGAUCGGUGCCACAGUCCCACCUGGCCAACUCUGUAAUGCUCACACCCAUCAACUAGACACUGCUUCAGCUGUGGAUCUUUGCUUCUGCCUCCUCUUUUUUUUGUCCAGUGAUGGGUGUUUGCAUUCUCAACAUUUUAGUUCAUUCUGUUUUCUCUGUUUUCUCCUAAAAAUGUGAUAAAGAUAUUCUCUACUUGUUCUCUGUAGGAUGGAUAAUGAUGUCUGUACAGACCUCCUUCAGAUUAACACGAGGGACGAACAUUUAUAGUUUUAUGAGUGGAGGAGAUUUGAUUGUAAGAAGCUAUGUGACGUUGUUACCUGUAAUUCCUGCUUUUCUCCACAAGAGGGUGAUGUUUCUCUAACAUUUUGAAGGUACAUCACUUGGUCAUUUUAGAGUUAUGCCUCAUAAUGUAAGAAUAGAAAAUGGAUGUGUGUGUGUGUGUGCACCCUUCUCUGUUUCCUGACUGUGAAGCUGAAGGCAAGCAGGAAUUGCGAACAUGAGCUCAGUCUUUGUUCAUCACUAAAAUGGACAAAAUCAUGACCAACGAAGUCAUAAAGGAGUCAGGAGGUUCUAUAUUUAAAGACUGUUUUUGUCGGUGGAGUUAUUACGCCUGAUCACACUCAAGCAGAAUGAAUAAAUUACGUCCUCCCCCACUUCAUAAGCCCAAACAUAUUCAUAACCCUAAAGGUGUGCUGUGCAUUAGUAUUCAGCGCCUCUGAAUCAGUGUUGCAGUUAAAUUGCAAGUCUCUUGUGGUAUGUCUACCAUCUUUCCACAUCUGUCAAACUUCACUGUGCAUGCAUUAAUUUUAUUAGCGGUCAAAGCAUGCAGAGAGAAGUUUGAUGGUGACAGUCUUGAUCAUCUUUAAGUAGAUGUCAUUCGAAACCAGAACAUACGUCCAAAGAUUUUGGCACCCUAGCAUUUAUAUAGCUCAAUAAUUGGGCAUAAAGAGAGAUUAAGUACUGACAUUUUAGGUUUACUGCUUUUAUUGUUUAUAACUAUUGUAAAAGACAAGCAGCCUGGAGCUAAUGCAGCUUCAUGCCGAUCUUUUACUUACUACAACCCCAUUCCCACCCUUUAGCAGGUUUUUCCGACUUUUAAAUGCUCAUUCUGAGCAGUGAACCCCCCCCCCCUUCUUGCAUUCAUUCUUCCCUGUAAAGUCCGGGGCCCCGUCUUGCAUGCCCUCUGAAAUAUUUUGUUACAGCACAGUAGAAGCGUACUCCACCUCUCCAAGGUCUGCUAAAUCUGUCCGAGGGUCUUUAGGGGUGGUUGGAAGAGACAGAAUGGGGGUUUUAGGUUUCUUUCUUCUCUAUACCUAAAACUGUGCAUAUGGUUGUUAAUGAGAGGUUUUUUUCUAUAUCAAAUCAGGAAAAAGAUCCACAGUUAAUACUUUUUUGCACCUGUUUUGGCUUCAAUUAUUUGAGUCUUUGGGGUUUUAUAACGAAAACUAAACCUUUCUUCAAUCAGGUUCCAACAUGUUAUUUAUUAUAGCUUCUGACAGGUCCGCUUUGUAGGAUAGAGCCUUGAUAUACACCAAUUUGUUUCUAUUUUUCACCACCAGCUUUCAAGAUUACUUACAACCCAACCUGCCUGGCAUGUCACUGACUGCAUACGCUUUGAUCAUCCUGAAAUGUUACUUUCUAAUUGCUAAACGUACAUUGAAUCGAAGCAAUCUGCCUUGCUACUUUGCCUGAAAGGCAGGUCCGUAUCCAACAAUAAUUGAGGAAAUGUGCUGGUUUACAUUUUUAUAUGUUUUAUUGGGAUGGCUCCAAACAAAUGUUCCAGCAUCAUCUCUCUGGCCUGUUCUUGCAGAUUCAAGAUUCAUCAUAGAGUCUUCCUUUCAUCCAAUCAUCCACAGUCCAUGGAUGCUUCCCUUUAGCACACUGGAACCUUGAUUUCUUUUUUUAGAUGCCAGAGAUGGUUUACUUUUGCCUAUCCGGACCUAAAUCCCAACAAUGACUUCUGUCUUUGUCCUUCUGCAUUUUUCUUUUUUGUUUUCGAGCUAUAUUGCUUGAGGAACAAAUAAAAGUCAUUCUUCAGGCCUCUCUCUCAUCUUGUGGCUGUUUCCUCCCGAUCAACCAGCUACAACAGCUCAUUAAAACUUGCAUGCUUUCAUAUUUGAACCACAGACUCGUUUGUAGAAUUUGAUUUGUUCAGUUUAUUUUAAAAAUGCAGAUUACAGGUUGACUUCUUAUUUUCCUCUGUAUUGAGUGAUUCUAGAAAGUUUCCUUUUCUUUAUCUGACAAAAAAAUCAAUUUCUUAUAGCAAUUAGUUUGUAAUAUAUGUUCUACAAUGCCAGAAUGUCCAGCUAUUAAAAUAAUUUGAGUGUU